CACGUAUGAAUAUUAAUUUUGCUGACGACAUUUUUAUUCAUUGAUUUUAUUUCUACCGGUAACGUUACGCUCGUUGUUAUCAUUUAUUAGUUGUCCGUAGUCUGUUGUACAGCAGUCGCAUUUUGCGUCUUUGUGUCACUGCAGGUUGCAGCUCCCGUCUGCUUUAGAGUGUCCUCGUCCUGCUGCACUGCACUGCUGCAGUGCUGCAGCAAUCGUCACUGUUCGUUUUCAAUUUUUUCACUAUUCAAUACCUUCUUUGUGUGACUCGUCUGCUUCGUGCGUGUGCGCAGUGCGCGCCUCGAGCUGUUCUUCUGGCCCCACUACGUUAGGGGAUACGUUGAACUUGUCUUUUGAGUUCGAUACAGCUACAGCAAUAAAAAUGAUAAUUUUGACGUUCGGUCGUCGUCCGGUCAGAUCGUGUCUGCGACUUCGUUCGGGGCCAACGCACUACGGUACCUACUGUUAUUGUUUAUUAUGUAAUAGUAUUAUUUUUAUAUUUUUAUCACUUUUACUAAAUAUACAAUAAUUGUCUACGAUUAUUUUUAUUAUUCGUGUUAGUUCUUACGAUUUGAAAUUCAUUAAUUGAUAAAAUGUAUUUAUAAUAUAGGUAAUUAGCAUUUGUUUUUAUUUUUUGAUUUAGCGUAACCAAUCGUUUUUGAAAGUGUUCUAAGAAUCAUUCGUCUUGAUCAAUUGUUUUUAAGAUAGUCGAAUCUUUGAAUUAUCAUCUACUCGAGUCAUGCAAGAAAAGUUUCCGAAAACUGACUCAUCAUCUGUUCCAGUUAUAUCACAAUAUCAAGUAAUAGUUUUGUUUUGUGUAUAAUCUUUCUUCUUUUUAUUUCUUAUGUAAUAUUAAUUAGGUACUAGGUAGAUAUAAAACAUAAUUUGUUUUGAUUAUUAUUUCAGUUGGCAUAUCCGUGUUUAUAUAUUAGGUAUAUGGUUAUUAUUGAAUAAUUUAGGUGUCUAUUUAGGGAUACCUAGUUUAAUUGUGAUUGAUUAAAUUGCAUAUUAUAUAAAUUACAAAGCACCUAGGUAAUGGUAGUAAAUAAAUAAUAAGUGAUAACAUAACAAUGAGUUUGACAGCUAUUUUUGAUAUUUUCUUAUUACCUACAAUAUUUAUAUUUGCCUUGCAGAACAAAUUUAUUAAAUUUGUAUAAUGGUAAUUAUAAUUCUGAUUUAAAUUGUCCUGUUUCCUAUCAUUCUUCACCCUCAAGGCUGCGAAAGACUCCUUUCAAAUAUAUGACGAUUAAAGAUAGGUAGCACAGUAUAAUAUUGUGCAAUGUAUUUACCAUCUAUAAUCGUGAAAUAUACAUAAAUUUAACAAAAUCUAUGACAUACAUUUAAUCCCAGACUAUAUAUAAUGAUAUAUAAUAUUUUCAAGAAAUUAAUAUUAAAAUGUUUUUAUUUUUUAGUGGAGAGAUAUACCUAUUUAGAAAAAAAAAUUUUAUUUUAAUCACCCCUUAACCAAUAGAAAAAAUUACUUUUAUUUGUGUACUUUUUGAACAUAUUCAAAAUAGUUGAUUUGUAAUAGAUAUUUUUCUAAAAAUUUUAAUUUCAUUACAUAUAUACAGACAUAUCUGAUGAAUAGUUUCUUAGUAAUAGCCAUUUUAAUUUCUACAGAAGAUGCGUGAAAAAGUUAUAUUCAAUAGAUUACUUACCAUGGUACGUAAUAAGAAAUUACAAUUGUAAUAUAGAUAAUAAAUCUGUCAACUGAUAAAUAUUUAUACAAUGAGAGGUUUUUGGGUAUUAUAAAUUAUUUAUAGUUAGAAAUUAAAACAGCUAUUACCAAGAAACUAUUGAUCAGAUAUGCAUGUAUGGUAAACUAAAAGGUUUAGUAUAAUAUUUUUUAUAUAAUGGCUACAUUGAAAAUGUUGGUAAAUUAAAAAUAAAGUAAUUUUCUCAGUUAUUAAGAGAUGAAAAUAAAAAUUUAAUUUUUCUGUAUAUAAGUAUCCCCUAGUGCAAAAUCUAAUUGAAAAAAAAAAUAAAUUUAAAAUAAACAGUUAUUAACAUCUGGAAAACAUUGUAAAAUACUCUAUAUAGUUACAAUAAUGUGUAAGAUGAUAUCUUCUUUUCCAUCCUAAAUAAUUGGGGUUGGCCAAAUAUGUAGAAUACCUAAUAUCCAGUACCAGUAAUAAAGUACCUAUUUGAGUGCAAAUAUUGUUUAAAUAAUUUACUAUUUAUAUUAUGAAGAAAACCUCAAACUCUUGUCAUAAAUAAAUGUGUAUAAAUUAAAAGUAUCUAAUUAAUGAUUAUUGACUGUUGUAUACAAAUUUCAUUAGCUAUUGUAUAGUGAUGGCGUAUAUUAUCUAAUUGGAAAAUGUCAUCUACCGAAUUAAUUAUAAUUAUUUUAUUGUUUUAAUAUAUAAAUAUGUAUUAAUUAUAUUAUACAUUUAGACUAUAUUCACUAUUUUUAAUCAUACAUUGGGUACAUAAAUUAAUGAAAUCAAUCGACAGUUGAUGUUUUGGAACUCGAGAGUACAUUACUCUAUUACAUAAGUGCCUAAAUGCAGAAUAUGAAGAAUAGUGUUAAUUAGUUUAGAUAUUAUAUUGAAUUGUUUUUAUUUCUUUCCUUCAUAUGUCCACCUACUUAGAUGCCUCAAUAUUUAUUUUUCACCAAAUAUAUGUGCCUUAACAAAUUAACAAACUUGAUUAUAUUUAGAAUAUCAUUUUAGAUCCUGAGCGGAACAAGGAAUGUGUUGGUUUUACAAUUAUGUUUAUUUAAUUAUUUUUUUUUUUCUUGGAACAACUUUUCUACCAAAAUUUUUUUUUUUGAUAUUCAAGUGUAGCACUUUUUUUGAAAGGAAAUCUGACUGGGGUGGUACUUUAGGGAGGUGAUUUUUUGAUUUUCCCAAGUUUUUUUUUUAAUAAAUGGAGAAAAACUGGAAAAUUUACAAAAUCGUGUUCAAAAUCGUUUUUCUUUAGCAAUAAUUAGAGCCUGGAUUUACAUGUUUAUUUUAACAGUCCAAAACGUAGCUAGAUAAGCUACAAGUAUAAAUUAUAGUCAAUAGAUUUGAAAUACUAAGUUUAUUUUGUCAUUUUUAAUGUAUACUGUAUAUUUCUGAAUUUUAUGAUUUUUCACUGCAUUAUAGUCAAAUACCUAAGUGUUAUAUACCCAUUUAUUUUACUAUUGUUCUUUAUUUUAUCACAUAUACCUAAGGUUCGUAAGGAAUUUGUUUUCUUAUAUUAUCUAAUCGCUUCUAGAUAAAGAUAAUUCGGUCAUAACUAGUUGUUGUAAUCUAUAUAUUGAGUAGGUUUUCGUAAACUAUAUUUUAAUUGUGUUUCAAUAAUACUCUACUAAGUUUUUUUAAAUUGAUUUGCGUUCAUCUAUGAGCGAAUGUUCGAAAUGUUACAAAAUUCAACAUACAGUUAAGUACAAUAUACAAAGAACUAUUUAAUUAUUUCUACUAAAUAUUUAAUAUAUUUUUUUGUUCUGUAUAUUAGUUAUUUAAUGAAUUAUGUACAUUUCUAAAUUAAAUCAAUUUUAUUAACAUCAAUUUUUCUUUGGGUAUAUUUUAAUGAUAACUAGUGAAUAAAUCCAUGCACGUUCCUUUCAUUUUUAGUGCAUGUAAUUCAGGACCCUAGUAAUAAUUAAUCUUUGUAUACAGAUAUAUUUCACAGAUUUAUACAGACAUAAAUUUCCCAACUUCUCACCUCCAACAAUGGCCCACCCAUCAUGUAAAGUAUUGUCCGUUUUUUAGAUUAUUCAAAUGGUUAUCAUUACACUAGAUGGUGAAUUUAGCUUCAAACGAAGUUUGUCUAAUAAAAGAAUAAUUUGUCAUAUACAUUUUUUUAUGAUUCUAUGAAUAUCUUUUAUUAAAGUAAUUUUAAAAGUAUAGCAAGGAAUAUAUUAGUUUUUCCAUGAUAUAAUGUAUUUUUUUUCUGUCCAUAAUCUUUUCAACUAGAAAACGUUGUCUAUAGCCUUGUUCUAAAAAGAAAUGUUGAUUAGUUGGUGCAUUCACAAGUUGUUUUUGAAUUUUCAUUUUAGUUUUUUUAAUAAAAAAAAAUGUAAAUUUAUUGUUUAAUUUUUAUUGAUUUCUGCGUUACCUUAGCAACAACAAAAAAACACGACUCAUACUACUCCGCUUGGUAAUGUUUAUUUCAUAUGAAAUGAUUUAUUGUUGCAUACAGGUUGUAAACUGAAUUAUUUUAUGUAUCCAAGCUUUCUAUCUAUUCUAUUUAAUAGUAGGUAAUAGGUAUCACAUUUUAAAAUAUUUUUAAUUAAUAAUGUAUUUUAAACAAGAGUAAUGUUUUUUUAACUAUUAAAUUUGUAUAGAUGAUGAGAUACAAAAUUAUUGACUAUAUUUAAGGCUUCAUAAAUAAUUUUGAUUAAUAUUUACUAUUUAUUAAUUAGUUAUGAUAUUUCAGAAAAUUAUGUAUUUAAUUUUCCAUUGACAACAAUUUUAGUAUUUACUUGAAACUAUAUUUAAAUAAAUUAUUUUAUUUUCAAUGUUAUCAUAAUGUACAUACAAAUAUUUCUUUAUUUAUCAUUACAGAUUAGUUUUGUUAAUCAUUUUAUUAUCGAGAAUUGAAGGUUAAUAAACUUUGAUUUGUGUUAAUUUUGUGUCAAAAAAAUAAAUAUGAAACCAAUCUUAUCAUUAUAAUUUUAAUACCUUACAUUUUUAAUUAUUUUUAUUGCAUAUAAGUGAAUUUAUCAUUACAUCAGUAUCAUACAGUUUAAUAAAUUUAUUAUUAACAGAUAACUGAAUUGAAAAUGUUAAUAAAUUGAGUUGUCAAUAAUCAUGAGCUAUUUUGAGUAGUUUAAUUUGAUUUGAUUUUUUUCAGAGGAUGAAGAACGAUGAAGGAUUUUCUAGAAAUACAAGUUUUUCUUCAAUAAAUUUUGACAUUUGCAGGUAUGAAUAUUACAAUAGUAUGAAACUAAAUUUAAAUUGCUUUCUAUAAUUAUUAAUUUGUUCAGUGAAUUUAAUAUUUUAUUAAAAUUGUUAUAAAUGGAUUGCAUAUGUAUUCUUUUCUUUUUUUUUUAAAUAAUUUUUGCUACCUCAAUGUAUAUGUAUUAUAAUAUGCACACCAGUGGUGUAUUUGAGGAUGGGUGGAUCGCCCCUCCUUGACAUUUUUCAGCUGUGAUUUUUCAAUCGGGGCUAUAAGCAAUAAAUGGUAUUUUUUAUCAAUGUUACCAAAAAAUAAUGAUAAUGAUAUAACUAGGGUAAUUUUUUAUCUAUAUUACAUAUAGGGAUAUCAAUGUGGAUGUCCAAACAGUAGUCAUCAUAGAUUGAUUUGUAGGAGAAAAAAAAAUGAAUAUUGCUUUAAAUUUUUUGUGUAUUCGAUAUGAAUACAUAAUGUAUACAUAUUAUUAUGUAUAUUAUGUUACGGGUAAAUGCCGAAAUCGUGAAAGUCUUAGAAAUGCCUGGGCAAAAUGCGAAAUGUCCACAAUACUUAAUCAAAACUUCAUAUUUCGGAUUUUUUCUUGACAAAACUAUUUAGUAGUGACCAACAUCAUUUCAGAAAAACUGUAAAGUCCAUAAAAUACAAUUUUUCACAUUUCUGAGAUUUACCCGAUUUCAGAUUCUGAUCGUAACAUCUAUAUUAUAUAUAUACAUAAUUUUUUUUUUUAGAUUCUUAGUGUAGCGAAGAAUAUAUUGGUUUUACAAAGACGUUUAUUUUUCUUCUUUUUUUAUACUGUGUACAAAAAUUCUACCAGAAAUCUUGCUCUGGUGUAUACAUUGUAGACCCUUUUCUGAAAGAAAAUUUUCUUGGGGUGAUACUUUAGGGAGAUCAUUUUUUGAUUUUCUUAGGAAUUUUAUGAAUCAAAUGGGAUGAACGAAAACAAAAAAGGAAAAAUGUAUGAAAUAUAUCAGUAUAAUAUUAAAAUUUUUAUUUUCUGUGAAUAACUUUUCUACUGCCAAUUUUGGUCCGAUUUACAAUGAUAGCAUCUUUUCUAAAAGGAAAUCUGACUUGGAAAGUACUUUAGGGAGGUAAUUUUUCGAUUUUCCCGAGAAUUUUCUUAUGUGAAAAACUGGAAAAAAUCUUAGGAAAAUCCAAACAAUAUUAAACUAACACCAUUAAAGAAAUUAUGCUUAUAAUUAUUUUAACAUAAUAUGACAUACAUAUAUAUAUAUAUAUAUAUAUAUUGUUGACAAAGCAUCACUAUCAACUGAACUCUGCUCAGAAUCGUUUUUUCGUUAGCAAUAGUUUAUUUUUAUUUGUUAUUGUUGGGGACAAUUACACUAAAUUCCCUUCUGUAUCUUACCUUCCCAACUUCCCACAUACAACAGUGUCUGUACCUGUCUCUAUUAUCCUAGAAUAACAUUUUUUUUUUUUGUAAAUUAUCAAUUAGAGUUUAUACCUAUUUUUUUAAUGCCAAGGAGAGGAAUCAUAAAAUAAAAUAAAAAUGAUAACUGUUGAUUUUUCUUUGGAACGAGGAAACCCCUUGCGAUAUUUUGUGGUGUAUUACAAUUGUUUAAACCAUCUUUUUCUCAUUGAGCUCCAGAUAUGCCGUUGAUGCACACCCCUUUUCAUAUUACUUUUAAUAAAUACCUAUUAUAUGUAAGUAUUGUGGGUUAACAUUUUUCAUUUAUUGUUUAGUGUGUUGUAACUAGAAAUAGUGUCUAACUUGAAAAGUAUUAUGUUUAUUUAUCUUUAACUCUAUUAUGUUAUAUUUCUGUAGUUUUAAUGAGUAAAGUAACCUAAUUUCAUGGUUUCAAAAUAUUUACUUUUGUGUAAUGUUUAAUGUAAUAAAAAAAUAAAAUGUCCCGUCAAAAGUAUCAGUUAGUAUAAUUGUAGAAUGUUUUACUUAGAUAAACUUGACCGAAAAAAAAAACCUUAAAAGCACGGGUCAAAGUUUUUAAUUAAUAUUUAUAAGUGUAGGUCUUCCUGUAGUUUAUUGAAUACUUAAUAUUAUACUUAUGCUAGGUCACAAUAUAAACAUUAAUGAAUCUAUAGCAAAGUAUGAAUGAAUAAACUGUUUAAUGGUUCACUAAACUAAUUAUUAAAAUAUUAAUCCAAUGGUUCAUUAAUUUAAGAGUCCAUUAAAAAUGGUAAAGUAAACAAACUGCUUGGUUUUUUAAUUUAUUUGAUAGUUAAUUGGUUCUCAAUAUUACCCAUCUGAGUCUAUCUUUGGUUUAGUAAGAUUAAUUCUGCAACUGAAGGAACGCCAUUAUAAUUUUCUAUAAAUUUGUAAAUUCAAAGAUUAAUGUAUUUUCGUGAUGAUAAUUAUCAAACAUACAAAUUAUUUCUUUAGUUAUUAUUUUUUUCUGUGAUUAUAAGUUUUAUAUGUCUACCUGUAUUAUAUUUUUUCUUUAAUAAUAUUUGUUUAAUAUUGUACCAAUUUUCCCAUGUUUUUUCCAAUUUUUCCCAUUUAUUGGGAAAAUCGAAAAAUUAAUUUACUUAAAAAUUACUCCCUAAAGUAUCUUCCCAGUCAGAUUUCCGUUCAAAAAAAGUGUUAACAUUUUAAAUCGGAACGAAAUUGCUGGUAGAAAAGUUGUACACAUAAAAAAGGCCAUAUGUUUUUACUAAUACAUACAUUUUGUACAUUUUUCGUGUUUCCGACAUUUUAUCCCAGUUUUCUAGAUAUUAUGAAAACUGCUUGAAAAAUCAAAAAAAGACUUCUCUAAAAUACCACAGAAAUACAAUUUCCUUUCAGAAAAUAACCUACACUUGAUACGUCGGAGUAAGGUUUCUGAUGGAAUCGAGAGGCAUUUUGCGAUUAAAAUAGUCCAAGUGAGCUAUGGCUGGGCUCUACUUCUCUAGGUACACCCAAAAUGUAUUCGUUGUUUUCCUUGUGUAAAAGGGGGGGGAGGAAAUGCAAACAAUUUUGUUUAAACCGCGGAUUUGAACUCGAGACCACUAGGAUGAUAAGAAGUAGUUAUUUAACAUAACAUAUAAUAUCAGAACUUUAAAAAGCUAUAAUCUCGAAACUUAGUCAAUAAGUUAAAUUCUGACUUCAUCGGCAAUAUACUAAUUUUCGAACAAAAAAUUAGAUUUGUUCCAUGUAAUUUUUACUUAAACGAUUUUCGUCAAAAUUUAAUAUUAAAAUUCCUUUAUAAAAAAAAUACUCCAUUAAACUCAAAUUUAUUUUUUCGACCACAAAUUUAGACUCAAUAAAUCUCCUGUUAAAUUUUCAGAAAUCUCUGUUAAGUGUAAAAAUUUUACCUCAGAAUACCUAUCUAUUAAAAAUUACAUUUAAAACAAGCAAAAUUAAAAUGUCUAAAAAUGGCUUAAAUAAUUUGAAAAUUUUACUAUGUAACUAAAUUACAACAAAUAACAAAAUUGAAAAAUAAUAAAGUUAUUUUUGUACAUUUCCCGUUUUUCUUAAGUUUUAUCCUGGUUUUUCUCAGAUAUUAUGAAAACCAUCUGGAAAAUCAAAAAAUGACCUUCCUAAAGUACCUUCUGGACAUUUUCUUUCUGAAAUGGUACCGCGCAUAUAUAUCUGAGCAAGAUUUAUGGUCAAAUUUACACAGGAUAAAAAAAAAACAUCUUAAUAUAAUCAUAUAGAUUCUUCGCAUUACUCAGAAUCUAAAAUGACUUCAGCAUUUAAUGAAGCAUGUUGAUGUUUAGCUAAAAUUAUGUUAUCCUUAAUCAAAAGAUCAAGCAAAAUGGAAGAGGAAUGGAUUAAAUAAUAAAAGACACUAAACACUCUAUGUUUGAAGUUGAGGCGAAUUGUUUUAUAUUAAACUCAAGAAACAGUUUCUUUAAAAACACAAAAUGUAUAACAACUAUUUUGGACUGAAACUAUAUAAAACAUACAAAUUACAAAAAUCAUUAAUUGAUAUUUAAUUAUUUAUUUAUUCUUACCUACUUGUAUAUUUAUACCUAUGUUUAUAGUUUUAUUGAAAUUAUUAGUUUGUAUCAAUAAACAGUUUGCCUGCCAUAAGAAAAAAAAAACAACCACUAUAUUUUUAAUUGAACCGUUUUUAUGAAAACAAAAUGUUUUAAUAAAAUCAUGAUAAGCCAUUAAAUUGAUUAAAUACAUUUAAUAAACAGUUUGUGUUACCCAGAAUUAUAUUAAUACUCUAUCGUCCAUAAAUAUUAUAAAUGGAGGUUAUACUAAUAUAAAAUAAUAAUUUUCAUUUUAAAAUGUGAUGUAAAUACGCACUUCUCGUAAGGUAAUACUCGUUUACAACAGUAGUUUAUUUUUUUAUUGAGUGACGAUUUAAAAAUACAAUUCAAUUGAUCUAAUAUUAAUUUUGAAUGGAAACAGAGAUAGUCAUUAUGAGUAUUUGUAUUUUUUUUUUAAAGGAAAUAUACUUAUUAAAUGUGGUUUAUAAUGUAAAGUGAAAAUUCAAAUAGGUAAUUUUUAUUUUAAGUUUUUUUUUUUUUUUUUAGAAUAUGUCAUUGUGAAGGUGAUAUUGAUUCACCCUUAAUAGCACCAUGUUAUUGCAAUGGCUCAUUAAGAUUUGUUCAUCAAAUGUGUUUGCAACAGUGGAUUAAAUCAUCAAAUAUUCGAUGCUGUGAAUUAUGUAAAUUUCAGUUCAUUAUGCAAACAAAAAUUAAGCCUUUCAAUGAAGUAAAUUUAUAUUAUUAAACUAUUUAUUUACCUAAGUAUUGAGUAGGUUUAAUAUCUAAUUAUGAUCAUACAUUUACAGUGGGAGCAUUUAGAAUUGACUUGUAUGGAACGUAAAAAAUUGGUGUGCGCAAUGAUUUUUCAUAUAAUAGCCAUUAGUUGUGUUUGUUGGUCUCUGUUUGUGCUCUUGGAUCGCACAAUAGAUGAAGUUCGAAAAGGUCUUUUAGAAUGGCCAUUUUGGACCAAACUCAUCGUUGUUAGUAUUGGUUUUACUGGUGGGGUUGUUUUCAUGUACAUCCAAUGUAAAUCAUAUUUUAUGCUUUGCCAAAGAUGGAAAGCAUAUAACAGGUAUUUUAAUUUAAUGAUUAAAAACAAAACAAAAAUUUAAUAAAAUGUAAUUAUAAAUUAAUUUUAUUUCAGAGUAAUAUAUGUACAAAACGCUCCUGAAAAACCAAGUAAAAAUCAAAAUGUGCUCAUUGAUGUUGCCGAGAGUACUUCAGUUGAAAAUAAUGAAGUAACUACUGCAAUUGUACCUUAUAAACCACCUAUUGAAAAUGAUGAAACUAGCAUCGAUCUCAAAGGUGUACGUAAUGUUCAUAUAUUUUUCAACAAUGAAGACAAUCCAAUUCGAUUUCAAGAGAAAGAGAAUUGUGAACCAGAAGAUGUUGAAAAGUCAAUUUCUAAUGACACCGGAACAUCGUGGCACAUACAGAUUGGUAAAACUCAAGGAGAAAAUACUGAAGGUGAAUGUAGCCAAGCAGCUGUUUGUCAAAACAAUCAGUUAGACCCAUCUUUUCUAAAAUUGCAAAUUAAAACUGCAGAAAUUGUAAUCAAAUUUGCACAGAAUGAGUCUGUACCUAACGAAAAUGAAUUAGAUAACAAAAAUGUAAACAUUCAAAUUGAAGAAUCUAAAUCUAAAAAUGAUACUCCUGAUAAUGCAAAUCCUGUCCAAAUAAGACUAGAUUUUGGAAGAGAUAAGAACUACGAAGACGUGGAAGAAGGAUAUGGGUCUCCUUCUCAAUCACCAUUAUUGCCAUCAAGACGACUCGCUAACUAUAGAGAUGAUAAAUAAUAACUUAAAAAACUUUAUAUAAGCUAAUCUGUGAUUUAACAGAAAAUAAAACAUUGUUAAAAUUUAUUUUCUUCCCAUUUAGUGUAUUUUUUUAUUAUUAUAAUUUUUUUUUUUUUGAACAUUGACAAAAUAUAUAUUAUCUUCUUUUUAUAAAAAAAAUAUUCAGUAGUGUUAAAAUUUGUAUGAAUUAUUUUUAUUUAGAUGCUCAAUAUUUAAUAAGUAUGAUUAUUUUAUAAAUAUAUAUAUACACAUUUUUUUUUUUGCAUUAUUGUUAUUAGAUACUUUUUAAUGGCGAUGACGAUAAUGAUUAUAAUAAUGUAAAUUUUGACCCGGCAAAGACUGAGUUAUACAAAUGUGAUGUUGAUAAAUAUGAAAAUACUUUUUUAUGCAUUUCAUUUUUUAAUUCACCUAUGUAUAUUAUAAAUGUUAAUAUAUAAAAGGGUGUAAUUAUUAUUACCUAAUGGUAUUAAACAUCGAAAUGUAAUGUCUUUCGAAUAAUUUAAUUUCUUGUAAUAUUAUUUUAUUUAUGUUUAUAAUUAUUAUUUUAUUAUUAUAUAAUAAUAAUUCAUGACUUAUUAAAAAAAAAAAAUGUGAAAACACAUGACAAAAUAUAUAAUAUAUAUACAUAGAUUUUUUUACAAAUUUACAUGUCGGAUAUUUCUGUACCUUAUUUAUAACAUGAUUUCCCCAAUUAUUUUUGGCUAAUGUAAUGAUAGAAGCUAUUAUAAUAAAUAAUCAAGUUAGACAAAUUAUAAAGUGAAAAAUAUGAUAUGGGUCGGGCAAAGACAAACUUGUGCUCAUUAGGAAAUCUAUCUAUGAUUGACAACUAUAUAUUUUGCCUUGUGUUAAUACAAUUUUAUAUACAAUUAUUAUUAUGGCUUAUUUUAGAAAUACAAAAUACAUAGAAAAAGGGUAAAUAUAUUUUUACUAGUUACAAUUAUUGUUCUACAUUAUAACUUAUUGUUUUUGAUAAGCAUUAACAUAUAUUUUAUUUGAACAUGAAAAUAUGUUUGUGAAUUUUUAUUUCUUGAUAAAUACAUCAAUAAAUGAUCUUGCUCCUUAAAUUCAUUUUAUGUUAGUUAAUAAUAUUUUGAGAACUACUCUGUAUAUAUCUAAAACUGAUUUUUACUAAUAAUUUAGUUAAGAUAAUUAUUUUAUGUUUUUUCAUGGUUUCAAAGUUAAGAAGAAAUUACAUUUCUCUAACUAGAUGACAACAAACAAAUAUACACAAGUAAUAUAUAAGUUAAUGCGGCCGAUCAAAUUACUUUACACAAUUGUUAUUUUGUACUUUAAACUGUCAUAUUUACACUAAUAAAUGUACAUAAUAGAAACAACACCAUUAUUUUAAAUAAGCAUAGAUUUUUUUCACAAUUAUAAAUGCAUUCAAUUUCGCAAAUUUGAUUGAAGCUGAUUACGACCCUGUAGACCAGGUUGCUGUUGCCCUUGCAUUUGUUGAAGAUACAUUGAAGGAGCAAUAGCUUCACUUUAUUGCUGUUAUUGGAACAUUUGACUUUGUCGUUGGUUCCUGAUGAAUUUGGCUAACAGCUAUGGCUUACUCCUCAGUAUUUGUCUGAGAUGUUGUUCGGGUUGACUAUUUAAUUGACUAUAUAAUCAAUUUGUAUAAUUGUCUUAUUUUAAGGUUUUAAUGUAUAUUUACAAAGUCAAUAUAAUAAUAUGUAUAUGUUUUUUUUCUUUUCAAUUUUAUGCAACUAUUUAUAACAUAUUUAUAUCAAUUUCUUACAAUUAUUUAUUACAGUGGCCUCUCUAAAUAUUAAUUAACAUUUUAUUUAGUCUGACUAAGUAGAAUGGUUCCAUACAUAAAUAUAUAUCUACAUAUAUUUUUAAUCUUAUUAGAAACAAAUGUCUCUCAAUGUCUUUAAAUGUAUAACUUAAAUUAUAUAAUAAUAUUAAAAAAAAACCUUAAGUUACGUUAUUUAAAGACUAAGAUAAACAAGAAGCCUUACACGGCUAUCUUAAAAAGCUGUUAAAAGAUUAUAAUAUAUAUUGUGUAUCCAAAAAAAAUAAAAAUAAAACAUUGAAUAAAUAAAUUGGAUAAAACCAUCUAGUUGGCAAUUCCCCAUUUUAAAAAUUAUAUAUCCCUUAAAAAAUAAUAUUUCUAUACAUAAUAAUAAUAAUUAUAAUAAUAUAAUAAUAAAUAUAUGUAAUAACAAAAUGUCUAAGAGUACACAAUUUUAAAUAAAAUAUUACACAUUAAUAAUAUUUAAAAAAAUCAACAAAUAUUAUUUUACUAAAGUAGGAAAUUAAAAUUGUUUUCAUGGUUUCAAUGUUAAUGAGAACGUCCUUAACUACAUUUCUCUAACUAGAUAACAACAAUAGCAAAACAAAUAUAUACAAGUCAUACAUAAGUCAACACUGCCAAUCAAAUUACUUUACUAAAUUGUUAUUUUGUAAUUUAAGCUGCCAUAUUUACAUUAAUAAAUGUACAUAAUAGAAACAAGGCCAUUAUUUUAAAUAAGCUCAAAUUUGUUUCAUAAUUAUAAAUGAAUUCAAUUUUGCAUAUUUGAUUGAGGCUGAUUAGGACCCUGGGGACCAGGUUGCUGUUGCCCUUGCAUUUGUUGAGGAUACAUAGGAGGAGUGAUAGCUCCACCUAGUUGUUAUUGUUGUUGUUAGAACAUUUGUUAUUGUCGUUGGUUCCUGAUGAAUUGGGCUAACAACUGUGGGUUACUCCUCAGUAUUUCUCUGAGACGUUGUUGUUGUUCAGGUUGACUAUGGCCAGUGGUGCGUAAUGCAUUAAUCAACUGUUCCAACGAUUAAUUGGGCAUAGGAUUAGGAUUUUAUUACUUACCCUGAGGUCUGCUUCCCAUGACUUGUUGUCGUUGAAGCAUUGUAUUUUGUUGAUUAUUGAUUAUCAUUUGUUGUUGAGGUAGGUUCAUAUACCUUUGCUGUUAAACUUGUUAUUGUUUCUGCUGCUGUUAUUGUUGCUGCAUCAUUACUUGAUUGUAAUUGGGUAUUUGGAACCAUUACUGGAGCUUUGUGAGGUAUCAUUUUUGAUUGAAUUGGCAUAUUAUGUUGUGGUGCAGCUCCGACAAAUGCUGUGUUUUCUGUCACCAGAGUACCUGUAUUAAUAAAAGCCGUCUGUCUCCUCAAUAAUUGUACUUCUUGCUGUUGUUGUUGUUUGAUCUUGUCUUUUAUUUCUGAACAGAACAAUAUCGGACACUUGAAUUGAGUACAAUACUUUGAAUGGUGGAAGCAAAGAACAACAUAUCGUUUACAUAAUGGACAGGUACCAUAACAUUUAAUUUUACACAAUUUAACGUGCUGUAUGAUUCUUUUCACACGUUGACAAGUUGAUGAACGACAAUUUGGAUCUUUACAUUGGCAAUGGUGUACAAAUGGUAAUAUGCACUGACGGAUGGAUAGUUUUCUAGUAUCUUGAGGGCCUACUUGUUUUUGAUCCUCAUUUAACGUGAUAUACGGAUAUUCUUCUUUCUCAUACAAAUUAUUAGACGAAACAUCACAAACAGUGCAGUUUUCCCUCACUUGAGGUAUCCCUGAAAUAAAUAAAACUGAUGAAUAGACAUUUGCUGUUAUUCAAAUUAAUUACUACUGGUCAUAAAAUCCGCUUCUAUUAAAAUACAAUGCAAAUAAUUUAGAGUUCUCUUACUGACUAAAAUAGUAUUGUACAAGAAAAAUAAUCAAAGAGGUGAGUUGUUGAAAAUUUCAAUAAAUGUAUCAAAAAAAUACUAUCAGGACUUUUACUAACUUAGUGUUUUUUGAAAGAAAAAAAACAUGUAACCAUAACCUAAGAUA